AUGAACUUUAACAGUAAAAGAACUGUGACUGAUGAACAGAAUGAGCGUCACAAGCGACUCCUUGCGAAUAUCCUCAGAGAGGAGGGGAACAAGAGCUGCGCGGACUGUAAGACCCGUAACCCAACCUGGGCCAGUGUAAAUCUGGGUGUCUUUGUGUGCUUGACCUGCUCGGGUAUACAUCGGUCGCUCGGCGUGCAUAUCUCCCAAGUAAGGUCGUGCAAUUUGGAUACGUGGCUCCCGAAGCAAGUAGAAUUCUGCCGGAUUAUGGGCAAUGUUAAGGGCAAUCGCUAUUGGGAAGCGCGGUUGCCUAAGGACUUCAGGCGCCCUCCCAGCGGCAACCCCAAUCCGGAGCUUUCCGCCUUCAUCCGUGCGAAGUAC